AUGCUAAAUGACACGCAUAAAAAACCUUUAUCGAGACGUGAGUUUUGCGAUGACGAAGAACUCUUUUCAUCAGAUGACUCAGUCAAAGGUCCGAAUUAUGCUAAUGACUCAUCUUCAGACGAAUCUUUAUCAUCAUCAUAUUCAAACUCAUCUGAUGACGAUAAUGAAGCCGCAGAUAAGAGGCGAAAACAUUUUAAUCAUAAAGAAGUUUCCAAGAACAUUAAAGACGGUGUUCGAUCCCACACUUCGUUAAUUCUUACUAUUAAGAGCCAAUAUACACAAGCACAUUCCGAAAAACUUUGUAUAGACGGAAGAACGACAAUUGCUCAGUUACAUUGUGAUUUUAAAGAAGAGUGCGAAAAUCAGGAGAAACCUUUUGCUAAUCUCACUAUGUGCAGAACCUUUUUAACCACGAGUUCAAUAUAG